AUGACGGAUGAAAAAGUUCCAAAUCGAUGUCAAUAUGUAUGUCCACGAAAACAACGACAAUGUAAAAUGUUACCUUCUAAUCAUUUAUCUAUGUAUUGUAUGGAACAUGUACUUUAUGAUCCGGAUUUAGACGAAACUACCAAAAAUUCGUUACGUAUUCCAUGUCCAUUAAAUCCUUUACAUUCGAUAUCACCACAUGAUCUGCAACGACAUAUUCGUAAAUGUAAUCAACGUCCUAUGAUUCUUGGUCCAUUUCAUCGACCUAAUUGUAAUUCGGGACUUGAAUGUGAUAAUCAUGAUGAUUAUCCAACAAUUUUACAAGAAAUAACAGAUGAAGAAGUUCAAGAAUUUAUUAUUCGUAUGGAAACUAUACAUGAUGAUCUUGUUAAAGAACCUCUUGAAAAUAAUCAAACAAAUCUUGAUUGUUAUUUAUCAAAUGUAAAUGCUAAUGAACUUGGUAAUCGUGCACGUAAACAUCUACAACAAAUUGGAUCAUUAAUAGAGCAUUUAGUUCAAUUAGAUCUUGUUCAAGCAAAUACAUUUAAUUUUACACUUAUUGAACGUGAUCAUCAACGUUAUCGUUAUGAUGCACAUCAUCGUCGUGAACAUCAAGGUCCAUCAUUUGAACGUUAUCGACUUGAUAUUCGUGAUCUUUAUUUAUCGGAAUUACCUUCAAUAAAAAAUAAUCAAUUUCAAAAACAAGUUGUUAUUAUAAGUAAGCAUUUAUGUGGAGGUGCAACUGAUCUUGCUUUACGUUGUGCUGUUAAUGCUCAACAUAAUUGUCACAGUAUUCGAGCUAUUAUUAUUGCAUUGUGUUGUCAUCAUCGUUUAUUAUGGAAUGAUUAUUUUGGAAAAGAAUUUUUUCAUCGAUUAAAUUUAACAUCAAAAGAUUUCUCAUUGAUACGAACAUUAACAUCAUGGUGUACAAGUGAAAAUCGUCAUAGGAUGCCACAAGAUGGAAAACGAUCAACAAUUGGUAAAUUAAAAUAA